AUGGUGUGUCCGUCGCUGAUCGGUGUAGCCUCUGCCUUUCUUGCGGUGCCGGUGCUCAGUAUUCCGCUGGGUGUACGAGACACUGCUACUGACCCUAUUGUCAACAUCUCGUACGGUGCGUUCCAGGGAUCAACGUCGGGCAAUGUCGCGCAAUUCCUCGGUAUUCCGUUCGCGCAACCACCGAUAGGAUCUCUGCGUUUUGGUUUGCCGCAGCCCCCAGAGCCCCUCGAAGGGAUUCAGCAAGCGACUAGCUUUGGGCCCGCUUGCCCCCAACAGGAAAUUGUCCUGCCAGAGGAGCUGCCGAGUAAUUUCUCAAUUCCGGUACUGGACCUUAUCUCUGAAGACUGUCUGUAUGCUAAUGUCUGGGCGCCCGCGGACGCGACUUCGGAGGACAACCUCCCGGUCAUCUUUUGGAUCUACGGAGGAGGGUUUGAGCUCGGCUCCGCAUCGAUCUACGAUGGGAGUCUUUAUGUUGAGCGCUCCAUCGACUUGGGUGAACCAGUCAUAUUUGUCUCCCACAAUUACCGCAUGAAUGCUUUCGGCUUCCUGGCUGGUCAAGAAGUCGAAGAAGCUGGACUCACUAAUGUCGGCUUGCGAGAUCAGAGGCUUGCCUUGGAAUGGGUCAACCAAUACAUCUCAGCCUUCGGAGGCGACCCAAGCAAAGUUAUCAUAUGGGGCGAGAGUGCUGGCGCCUUUUCAGUGGCUGCCCAUCUCGUUUGGAACAACGGCGACCCCGCUGGCUUGUUCCGAGGGGCAAUUAUGGAAUCUGGCUUCCCAAUCGCUCUCCAUAACGUCUCUGAGGGGCAGCCAUCCUAUGAUCAGCUCGUACAGUACACUGGCUGCGCCAAUUCAUCUGACACAUUGGAUUGUUUGCGCUAUGCAGACUACGAGACAUUGCAAGCAGCCAUCGCUCUCACACCCACCAUAUUCAGCUAUACUAGCUUGAACCUUGCCUGGGAGCCGCGGAUUGACGGCACGAUCAUCCUUCAGAAUGGAGAGCGGUACAUAGAACAGGGCAUAUAUGCCAAAGUGCCUAUCAUUGCUGGAGAUUGCGAUGAUGAGGGCACUCUGUUCUCAUUGAGCAAUUUGAAUAUCACAACUGAUGACGAAUUCCUAACCUACAUACAAGAAAACUAUAUCAUCGGGGCUUCGGAUGCGGACAUCUCGCUCGUUGGAGAAGCUUAUCCCUCCGAUCCGAGUGACGGGUCUCCAUUUGACACUGGUGAUCUCAACGACCUGACACCUCAGUUCAAGCGAAUUGCAGCAUUCCAAGGCGACUGGAUGUUCCAAGCGCCUCGACGCUACAUGCUUGAGACAUUAUCUAAGACCCAAGACACCUGGGGAUAUCUGUACAAGCGUGGCAAGGCGACUCCCAUCUUAGGUACUUUCCACGCUUCCGACUUGGUUGAGUACUUCACUUCUGUCGAUUACAUUGGAGUCGACGCAAUUAUCAAUUUUGCCAACACUCUGAACCCUAACACGCCGCCCGGUCUGCCAGGAGCGAUUCUCAGUCUGCUUUCCCUUUAUACAUGGGACCAGUGGGGUUCUAAUCCUUCCUCCCCGCCGCUCUUGACAUUUGUCGAUCCGGCACCAUUGAUCACGACUACGGCGGACACAUACCGCGCAGACGCGAUGCAGUUGCUGACGAAUCUGUCGCUGCAGAUUCCGUAG